CACGAAGAAGAAGCGGGGCAGUAGUGUUUCACGCUAUAGAAGGAAAACACGUUGUGUGAAAUUUGUUUAUUUGCGUGUUUUAACUGAUUUGAGGUUCUUGUUUUACUUCAUUCAGCUGGUAAACAAAUAGUAGUUAAUGUCGUAAAAACAGCUCGUGUAAUGGCUACGCCAGCUGCACGCCUUUUCAGGAAACUAGACGGUCUGUUCGCUGUGUACAAACCUCAAGGAGUUCAUUGGAAACUUAUCCGGGACACAGUGGAAACAAACCUGCUGGAAGCGGUGAACUCGUGUCCUGCAGCCCCUCCGCGCUGUUUGGUCCAGUUUCAGCUUUUACCCAGUGGAGACUGCAGCGGCUCCAGAGAGCUCACUGUCACCAAGUCCAAGCUGCCUGCUCUGUCUGAUCAUCAUCUGGUGAAGGGGCCAAGGUUUCAUAAGAUCCGUGUUGGAGUUGGCCAUCGAUUGGAUGCAUUUUCAUCUGGAGUAUUAGUUCUGGGUCUGGGGAAUGGAAACGCUGCCCUGGAGAGUCUGUACAGAUUACAUGUGACCAGGGAAUAUACACUGGAGGGGGAGUUUGGAAUGGCCACAGAUGAUUUCACUCGCACUGGACGAGUUAUAGAGCGAAGCACAUUUGAUCAUGUUACAAAUGACAAGCUAGAGAGAGUGUUGGCCAUGAUCCAGGGAGCCAAUCAGAAAGCUUUAAUAACGUACUCUCGGGUGGACCUGAGCACUCAGGAGGCUUAUGAACUGGCAGUUAAGGGGCUGCUGCGUCCACAGGAUAAAAGUCCUCCCAUUUUAACUGGCUUACGAUGUCUCCACUUGAAACCUCCUCGGUUCACACUGGAGGUUCAGUGUGUGAAUGAAACUCAGCAGUUCCUUCGGAAACUGGUACAUGAGGUGGGGUUGGAACUGCGUACUAAUGCAGUCUGCACCAAGGUGCGUCGCACACGGGAUGGUCCUUUUAAAAUGGAGGAUGCCCUGACGCAUCACCACUGGACUGCCGACGAUAUUAUACCAGCCAUUGCUAACUUUCGCCGUACUACCCGGAAAAUCCGAAAGAAUGACAUUUACAGGCAAGUUGUGAAGCAGUCGGACUCCACCACACAGACUCAAGGCCAAAUAAGGACAAGUACCUGUCACUUGGAGUCUGUGAGCCAAGAGAAAGCAGGAUCACUGAAUCCUUCAGAAACAUCUGUUGACACCAGGCAAUUUUAAUGUCCUUAAUAUUACAGGUGGAUUAAAGACCCAGGAGAUUUGUAUUCUGACUUAUUUGUUAAAUGAACUUACAGCAUGUAUAUUGUUAUAUAGGGGAGUGAAUCAGAUGUAAACAGGAACUGGAAUUUUAUUUAUUUUUGAGAGGAAACUGAAGAGCUGGAACACUUGCUUUGAACAAAAAGGAGAUUAUGUAGAAGAAUGAUGCAAAUAGGUGGCACAAAAGUGUAAAACAAUGCAAAAUUAAAAAAAAAAAAAAGUCAUUUGACUCACCCUCAGGAAUGACCUGAAAUGCUGAUUAAACUUUUUUUUUUUAACUUGUCUUUGGACUUGUUGUAUUUAAACCAUUUAAAAUCUAUUGAAUUGUGUGUCUUCAGUUGAUAAGUCUUGACAUACUUGUCAAGGUAAUUAUCUGAAAUUUUAAAAAUAGUCCUGUUUACUUGUGCUCCCUGCCUGUGGUUUAUGUAUGGGUAUUGUUUCCUGUCUCAUUUCAUCUUAUUGUAUGUAUGUUGUAUUAAUAAAAGAAACAAUACA